CAGGAUGCAGGCUGACUGGCUGAGAUGCUCCGGAAAUUCUUUCUAUUACCAAUUACUGAUUUUCUGUACAAAGUAUUACUGCGAUCUGAAAUUCGCGGGCAUUCAAAAUUUCCAGACAUUAUAAACCCUAGAAACAUAAACCCAAAUUUUUUCUUAAACCUCCUGCACUUGCGGGGUUCUGCCUGAAAUGCAAGCAAACAUGCACGCGUUUCGUUUAAUUCACGCUCAAAAGCACCUAAUUAAUCUCUCCACACGCCUUUCUUGUAAGUAUUCUCUAAACCCUAAUUUUCACCCCCAAUCCCACACUACCCCACAAAGAUCUAUUCACUUCACAAAUCACUUGAAUAGCUGGACCAGUUUUAAUUCAGAACCCAAAAGUGACACUAAGGUCACUGCUAUAUAUGACCCCAUUACUGGCAGUCUUAUAACACAGAGAGUGAGUAAUGUUUACGAUAAUGAUGACGAAAAUAAGCAAGAAGUUCCGAUUGUUUCGGGUGAUGGAGAUGGUAAUGAUAGGACUUUUGGGGUUGGUAAGAAGGGAAAUUUAAGAAGUGGGCCGACAAGUUGGAAGAAUUUUGGGGCUGUUUCGGGUGGUGGGAAGAAGAAAGGGAAGGUGAAGACUAGUUGGGUUUGUGAGAGUUGUGGGUAUUCGGAUGGGCAGUGGUGGGGUUCGUGUCGUUCGUGUGAUGGUGUCGGUACGAUGAAGCGGUUUUCGGAGGGUGAUGGGGGAGAAGGGAGGAUAUCUAGUGGGUUUGGGGUUUCAGAGAAAGUGAUGGGAACGUGGUUGCCGCAGCAGGCUGGAGAUAUUGGUCCAGUGAGGUUGACGGAUGUGAAUAGGGGUGUUGAUCAGAAAGAGUGGAGGAUUCCCUUGUCUGGACUAUUUGGAAAUGAAGUUUCUAGGGUUCUUGGUGGUGGUCUUGUUCCAGGUUCUCUGGUCUUAGUUGGCGGUGAUCCUGGUGUUGGCAAAAGUACAUUGUUAUUACAGAUUGCUGCAAUAAUCUCAGAAGGGCAUGAGAUGCGACAAUCAGCUCCAGUGGUUUAUAUAUCUGGUGAAGAGAGUAUUGACCAAAUUGGAAACAGGGCAGAUCGAUUGAGAAUAGGGACUGAAGAACUAUUCUUGUAUUCCAGUACAGAUGUCGAGGACAUUCUGGAAAAAGCUCAGCCACUCUCUCCUCGGGCUUUAAUUGUAGAUUCGAUUCAGACAGUAUUUCUGAAAGGUGUGACUGGAAGUCCUGGAGGUCUCUCUCAGGUGAAAGAAUGCACCUCAGCGUUGCUGAGGUUUGCUAAGAAAACAAACAUCCCUGUGUUCUUGAUUGGUCAUGUAAAUAAGUCAGGAGACAUUGCUGGACCUCGUGUCUUGGAACACAUUGUUGAUGCUGUUUUAUACCUUGAAGGUGAAAAACAUUCAUCUCAUCGGUUGCUUCGGUCUGUAAAAAAUCGUUUUGGAUCUACUGAUGAGCUUGGAGUUUUUGAAAUGUCUCAAUCAGGAUUGCAAGCUGUUACAAACCCGAGUGAGAUAUUCUUAAGUCCGCAGCAAAUAGAUUCGGAGGUUUUAGCAGGACUUGCAGUCACUGUAAUUAUGGAUGGUUCCCGAUCUUUUGUUCUAGAAAUUCAGGCACUUUGUGUAGCUAGCUCAACAAAUUCAAGGCAGGUCACUGGUCUUCAUACAAGCAGAGCAGACAUGAUAAUUUCAGUUCUUAUGAAGCAAGCUGGCCUAAAGCUCCAAGAAAAUGGCAUCUUUUUGAAUGUUGUCAGUGGAUUGACUGUAAGUGAGACUGCUGGUGAUCUUGCAGUAGCAGCCGCAAUAUGCAGCAGUUUCUUGGAAUUUCCUAUACCCCCAGGUGUGGCAUUCAUUGCAGAAAUUGGCCUCGGCGGUGAACUGCGCACGGUACAGAGAAUGGAGAAGAGGGUAAUCACAGUGGCAAAGCUAGGAUAUAAAAUGUGUGUCGUCCCCAGUUCAGCUGUGAAAUCUCUUUUAGAUUCUCUGUCGACCCAAGAUUUAAUUAAAAUGGAGAUAUUGGGCUGCCGAAAUCUGAAAGAGGUGAUUAACCAUGUAUUUAGGUGAUCUAUAUAAGAUGCAGGAUCUUGAGCAAUUUAGUUGUGGGGGCUAGAUUGGAACAACUUGUAAGCUAUUAGUAGGGGCUUAAAAUUUUGUAUAAAGAUUCCGUGUCAAAGUGAGUCCUACUGGUCUCUGUGUAUGUAGUCCCACUAGUCUCAUUACCCAUUCAACAUCGUAUGGAGAAUCAUGUACAUAGUUUAGGACUAAGCAAAAUAGAAUCACAAUGUAAUGGCACGCACUGAGAAACCGAAUAGAAAGUUGUAUAAGUGGUGCAUACAAUAUUAUCAUUUUAUUGUAAGUUUGUAACCUCAUCUGCACAGCCCUGUGCUGGGUGUUUGGUUCGAUAACUGUAUACCCUGAAGUUUCUAGUUUA